CGUUUCCACACAGUGCUGCCAAAUUACUGUUACUUAUUUUAAACCCAAAUUAAAAGAAAAGCCCUUUGCUUGCCUCAUUGAGACAUGCCAUCAUAUCCUUAAAAUUUCACAAGAGGCACCUGUGAAAGAAGAAGCAACAAAAAGCUUGAUGACACGCUUUAUAAAAAGCAUCCCCAAGGAGGAGACGAAACACCUAACGCGACCAUUUAAUUAUAGCGUACAAAACCCACGCGGUGCACUUGUGUGGGUUUUUUGUGGUGGUUAAAAAAAAUAAUAAUAAUCUGUUGCCAUUGGAGUAUGUGAAAUACGGCGAAAGCAGAUUGCUCCAAAAACAUUAGAACACCUCAGUAAAUCAUAGCUGCUCAUCACGAGGGGCCUUGGCUCGAAAUAAAACCGAUGACCUUCUCCGAAGCUCUUGAAUGUGCUCUACUACCAUUGGAGGAAAUAAGAAGGCAGCUGUGUCCAGCCGAGAAACACUUUUAACUGGACUGGAGCAGAAAGAAAGAAAGAAACCGCUCCGCAAGGGGAUCCAAUCGGAUUGUGGAUUUCAGCUCCUUUUGUACAUACUGUAUAUACAGACAGAGAUAUAUUCAUUCAUUCAAGACUACCGCGUUUUAACAAGUUUUCUCAGGGACUAUGGAAAUGGAAGCACUGGGAAAUUCCAAACCAAAGGAUGACAGAACGCCAAACAAAACGCUCAAAAUACUGCUUGCGGUUUUUAUAUGUGCCACUCUACUGCUUGGCAUUCUACUUCUUUUCGCUGCUCGUGGUCUAAUAGGAGUUCAAUCUGAAGAAUACUGCCUGACUCAGGAAUGCAUUGAAGCAGCUGGAUCCAUCAUCAACAAGAUGGACAUGACUGCCUCUCCUUGUGAAGAUUUCUUCCAAUAUGCCUGCGGUGGGUGGCUCAAAGGAAACCCCAUUCCUGAUGAUUUUUCAAGCUAUGGCAUUUACCCGUGGCUCAGGCAGAAUGUGGAUCUCAAAUUAAAAGAACUUCUGGAGAAACCAACAGAUACACAAAGGGACCUUGAAGCAAUAAAGAAGGCGAAAGUUCUCUACCGCUCUUGUAUGAAUGAAACGGCUAUUGAAAUGGAUGAUGCAAAGCCUUUGCUGAAGUUACUAAAGCACCCCUGCCUGCGGUGGCCAGUGCUGGAAAUGAACAGAGGCUCACAGUGGGUGUGGGAUGAGAAGAAGUUCAGUCUUUUGCAGACACUGUCUGUGUUGCGAGGGGAUUAUGGGAUAUCAGCAUUUAUUCGUGUGUAUGUCUCCACUGAUGAAGAGAACUCCAGUCAAUAUAUUAUUAAGCUUGAUCAAGCUUCAUUAUCCCUGGUAUCACGGGAAGAUUACAUCAGCAACACGACAGAGGCAGAAGCAAACCGGGAAGCACUUUUAAAGCUGAUGAUUGACAUCGCAGUUAUGUUAGGAGCCAAUUCUUCAACUGCAGCCACACACAUGAAAGAAGUGCUUGAGCUGGAGACAAAAUUGGCUGAGAUUUUAAUUCCCUAUGAAAACCGGACCAGUGAAGCAAUGUACAAUAGAUACAGUUUGUCUCGGUUGCAAAAAUCAGUGCCACAGUUUGACUGGCUUGGGUACAUUAAGGCAGUAAUAGAUACAAAGCUUGCCCCUGAACUCAAAUCUAUAGACAAGACAGAGCAAGUGAUUGUGAGAGUUCCACAGUACUUCAAGAGUCUUUUUAAUAUACUUGAAACAACAGAGAAAAGGACAGUUGCUAACUAUGCUGUCUGGAAGCUUGUUUUCAGUAGGAUAUCCAACCUCAGCAGACGUUUUCUAUAUAGUGCAUUGGAUUUUUCACGGGUAACGAGUGGAACAACUUCUUUAAUGGCACGUUGGGAUAAAUGCGUUAAUCUUGUUGAAAAUUCAAUUUCAUACGCCACCGGUAGGAUGUUUGUUGAUGAACACUUUCAAGAGGAUAAAAAAGUCAUGAUGGAAGAGCUCACUGAGGGAAUCCGAUGGGCCUUUAUAGAUAUGCUGGAAAAGGAAAAUGACUGGAUGGAUAAAGAAACAAAGGAAAAGGCCAAGGAGAAGGCACAUGCAGUUCUUCCAAAAGUGGGAUAUCCAGAUUUUGUAAUGAAUGACACAUAUGUGAAUGAAGAUAUUAAAAGACUGAGCUUUUCAGAUUCAGAUUAUUUUGGCAAUGUACUGCAAACCCUUCGAUUUGCUGCACAGUCUGAUUUCAGCUGGCUUCGCAAGACUGUGCAAAGGACUCAAUGGUUUACAAACCCCACUACUGUGAAUGCAUUCUACAGUGCUUCAACCAAUCAGAUUAGAUUUCCAGCUGGAGAACUUCAGAAGCCAUUCUUUUGGGGGUUAAAAUAUCCAAGAUCUUUAAGUUAUGGAGCUAUUGGGGUCAUAGUAGGACAUGAACUCUCACAUGGAUUUGACAACAAUGGCCGGAAAUAUGACAAAGAUGGAAAUUUACAUCAAUGGUGGACCAAUUCUUCAAUUGCUAAGUUCACAGAAAAGACCCAAUGUAUGAUUGACCAGUAUAAUGGCUACAACUGGAAAGAAGCAGGGAUGAAUGUGAAAGGAAAAAGAACUCUUGGUGAAAAUAUCGCAGAUAAUGCUGGCAUUCGUGAAGCUUUCAGGGCAUACAGAAAGUGGAUUGAUGAUAGGCAAUCAGGAAAAGAAGAAUCUCUUUUACCCGGCCUUGGUCUAACAAACAACCAGCUUUUCUUUCUCAGCUAUGCACAUGUUAGGUGUAAUGCCUAUCGUCCAGAAGCUGCCAGAGAUCAGAUCCAAAGUGGAGUGCACAGCCCUCCUCAGUUUAGGGUUAUUGGUGCAAUGAGCAAUUUCGAAGAGUUUCAGAAAGCUUUCAACUGUCCCAAAAAUUCCAUUAUGAACCGGGGCUCCAAAGUUUGCCGUGUCUGGUAGUGUUAAAAAUGAUCAAGCCAUGAUGUUAUUCAUUUACGGGACAUUGUGCCAAAAAUACUGUUAUUUUGUGGUGAUUUAUUUUCAUUAUGUUGUUGUUUCAGUGUUAUACCAUUAGUACUCAUGUUUAUUUAUAGUGACAUUUUACUUUGUAAAUUUCUAAGGCACUGCAAAUGUUAAUAAAGAAAAUUGUG